UUGGAUACUAGCCAUACCUACAGAAGACGUUGUUUUAGUCUUGGGAUGCGGACUCUUUAAGCCUUUCAUCUGUACUGGUUUUUAUAACUACGAUACGACGUGUUCUGAUGACGAAUGGGCAUACAUGGGUUUGGAACAGAAUUCAAAAUUAUGGCCGUGUUGUGCACGGGUAGCGUGCAGUGUGUUUGCUUAUCAAGAACCUUGAUCAGUGCAACCAUACAGUCAUGCUCACAGAGCUGCACACAAGAACUUCAGCUUCUUAACAUCACCCAUGCCCAGAACUCGCAAAAAGAAGACUCCUGUAACGAACACCGACAAAGCGAGCUCAUCGAGCAACCCCACCUCAAGCCGCACCGUCAUCCGACGGUAUCAUGUCCUGCUGAAAAAACAGGGACAGCUGAAAAAUGCCCCUUCUGCCAAUACCGAAGAAUUAGGUGAUAUAGAACGCGAGAUCAACGAGCUGGGAGGAUUAGCGGCCUAUCAGCGUAUGUCGAGAGUUGGGCAGAGCAAUGACCGCGGCGGCGGAAGUGAGAAAGUGCUCAUACAAUGGUUGAUUGACAUGGGGCUUCGGAAGAGGGAAGGCAAAGGGAAGCUGAGGCUUCUGGAAGUUGGUGCUCUAAAGCCUGACAACUAUCAAACAUGCAUGUCAUGGAUGGAUAUCACACCCAUGGAUCUGCGGAGCCGCCAUCCCUCUAUCCUAGAGCAGGAUUUUCUGUUGAUGGACGAAGAUGAAAAUCGAGGCAAGUGGGACAUCAUCAGCCUGAGCUUAGUCGUGAACUUCGUUCCCGACCCGAGAGAUCGAGGGCGAAUGCUAUGCCUUGCGCACUCUAUGUUAGCCCCAGACGGCUUACUCUUCCUUGCGCUUCCGCUCCCAUGCGUGGAGAAUUCACGAUAUUUGACUUUUGACAAACUUCAGUCUCUCAUGAACGUCCUCGGAUUCACUGAGGUUCAGCGAAAGUGGAAGAAGGGCGGGAAAAUGGCGUAUUGGCUGUACAGGAAAGGUGAGAGCGAUCAUGGGCCUGUCGAUGAAUAUCGCAAGAAGAAUGUCUGUAGGCAAGGGGAUAGAAAUAAUUUUGCAAUCCUAUUGUCAUGAUAAUAGCACUCUUUGCUGACGGCCGCGUUGUAAAAAGUCAAAGAACGCAUUGGUCCACUGUCAUCGCAUUUACUGGUAGUAAAGCAGCGAACAAAUCUAUUUCUAUGGUCCGCAGGGG